UACGUUAUGUACUCUCUCUUUCUCUCUUCCCCCUCCCCUCUCUCUCUCUUCUCUUCUUGUGGUCCUUCCUCUUUAUAUUUCUCUCUCUUAAUUAUCAUUUUUUCAUGUCAUUCCAUAUCUAACACUAGUUCUUCUUUCUUCCUACAAGCCAGUGAAGAUUCCUUUCUCUCCAUAUUAAACUACAUAGGGUCAAUUUUUGACACAGCCAAAUACUCCCUAUAUUGCAAACAAACUAUGUCUAGCAGAAGAUCAAGGCAGUCCUCAGGUGGGACUUCGAGGAUCACAGAUGAUCAGAUCGUUGAUCUUGUCUCCAAGUUACAACAACUUCUUCCCGAGAUUCGCAACCGGCGCGCCAACAAGGUUUCAGCUCCAAAGGUGUUACAGGAGACAUGCAACUACAUAAGGAACUUGCACAAAGAGGUGGAUGAUCUAAGCGACCGACUCUCUCAAUUGUUGGCAACCAUUGAUGCUAAUAGUCCUGAAGCUGCCAUUAUUAGGAGUUUGAUUAUUCAAUGAACUUUUCUACAUUGCUCUAUAGCUAGCUUGUUCUUCUUUCAAGGAUUUAGUUAGUACUAGGCCAAUCAUGGGUUAGAAAUUUAAUUAUUAUACAUGUAUGAUAUGGGGUGAUAAGGAAAAAGGUUGAGACCCCUUUUUUCUUGAGAUUGAUCAAAUUUUUGUUUUUUGUUUUUUUUUUCCUCCUAUCACUCACUGACAUGUGUCUGUGGGAGUUGUGGGGUCAAGAAAAAAAAGGAGUCUAUCAUUUCUGAGGUGAUAAUAAUAUGAGUAGUGUUCCCUUUGAAUACAUGUAGUAACAAUAAAAGGCUUUUGUACUUGCAAAUUCUUCAAUAUAUAAAGUUUAAUUCAGUUAUUGCUA